CAUCGAUCAAUGGUAGCAGGAGCAAAGGCGUCAGGCUUACAAGCUAUCAGCUACCGGUUGCUUCCAGUUGCGACCCUCUUGCAUCUUUUCGCCUUUAUCAAUAAAUUCUUUGUUUAACAAUUAACAAUCUGAAAUCUGCAACUCGGGUAACCUCUCUUUUUUUUAAGCUUAUAUCUUAAUUAAGCCUUUUUAAUCCCAGCCGAUCCGACAGAAGGAGACGAUGCACGGAGUCAAGAUCACUUCAGGCCUAGGCCGCCGUCGCCGAACAAUGUCGAAUGCUAGCAGUAGAUCCUCCGGGGACGGUGCCGAGGACGAUGAUACCUCCAUAAUCGAGCCCGAACAGGGCAACGUCCUCACACAUAUUAUUUCUCAACUGCGACCCGGCGCCGAUCUAAGUCGAGUUGUCCUACCUACCUUCAUCCUUGAGCCCCGAAGUAUGCUAGAGCGGAUCACCAACUUCAUGUGCCAUCCGGAAAUGCUCCUCCCAAUUCCCGAUAUCGACGACCCGGUCCAACGUUUUGUGUCCGUCGUAAAAUUCUACCUCAGCGGCUGGCAUAUUAGACCACCGGGUGUCAAGAAACCUCUAAACCCGAUUCUCGGCGAGGUAUUCUCCUGCUAUUGGGACCUACCUGACGGUACCCGUGCCUACUAUAUCUCCGAACAAACAUCCCACCAUCCGCCUAAGUCAAGCUACUUCUACAUGGCGCCAGAUCAUCAUAUUCGUAUUGACGGUACCCUGAAACCUAGGAGCAAAUUCUUGGGCAACUCGGCUGCGAGUUUGAUGGAAGGCAUCGCCGUGCUCACACUGACGAAUAGGGGCAAGGAUCGUAAACAGGGGGAAAGAUACUGGUUGACGCAACCCAACAUGUACGCGAGAGGAAUCCUGUUCGGUAACAUGAAGUAUGAAUUAGGUGAUCACAGCGUCGUGCGAUGUCCCGAGUUGGGUCUCACGGCCGACGUUGACUUCAAGACGAAGGGAUGGGUUAGCGGGACAUAUAAUGCCAUCGGAGGCACGAUAAAAGAUGACCGAACCGGACAGGUACUAUUUGAACUCUCCGGCCUAUGGAGCGAAGAAAUGUUCAUCAAAGAUCUUAGGAACGGGCACAAAGACAUGUUCUUCGACGCCCGAAAAGUGAAAGCCUCAAAACCUCGCGUCCGGCCUCUAGAAGAGCAGGGUGAGCGUGAAUCGCAAAGGCUGUGGCAGAAGACGGCGCAAGCGGUGAAAGACAGAAACCACGAACUAGCAACCGACGAGAAGACGAAAGUCGAGGAUCAGCAGCGAGAUGAGGCAGCGAGUAGAGGCGCGGCAGGUGUCGAUUGGCAACCUCGACUAUUCAGGCGAGUAGACAAAGAUUACGGUGGCACGGGAGAAGACAUGGAACAUCUGGAGUGGAUUAUCAAUGCGCACAUCGAUGGCACGACGCCGGAAAAACAGGCCGAGCAAAUCAUGGCCAUCUACCCCAUAAUACCGGGCCAAAAGCACAGCGAAUGGGACAUUCCCUCUCCGAUCUCUCGCUCGCACUCGCAGCCGGAUGCAGCUAUUAAAGCACCCCCGCAAAACGCGUCAGCGGAUUUGAUCGACUUCGGCCAGAGCGAUGCCCCGGCGCCGGCGGUGAGAAAAGACAGCAAAGAUAUUUCGGCCAUGUUGCAGUCGACGGGCCGCGAGCCGGACGGGCCGUUGAUCGACUUCGCGGGAGAUCUCAAGAAGAACCUCCCGGCUUCUCCCAAGACCCCAGGACCGAACAGGGGCAGGGGAGAUACGGUGGAGAGCAACGAUGCUUUCUUCGACGCUCAGACAUAAGAAGGGCCAUGUGGUAAGAAUAGGAGGGAUAAUCUACUAACGCGAUUCCCUACCUCACUAUCUGGCGUUUAAUGAGUGAGCAAUCUCCCGAUAGCUCGCCCAACCCAGAUUUAGUUAUUCUUCACAGUGAACAAGGGGGCUAAUCACGGCGCUUUUUCCGCCUACGAGACCUGCAAUUCUGGCUACUACUUGCUUACUACACCGCAACUUGGGGCAUAACAACGUUUGAUAGCAUAGGGACAUCCAUAUUCCUCGUCUUCUCAUCUUCCUUUCUAGCAAUGGUAAUAGGGAAAGGGGCGCAAACCAAAGGUUUAGGGGGUUGGGAUUAGGAAAGCAGAAAGAAAGAGUGAGAGUGCGUUGUGUUAGACGGGAAUAGAUGUGCAUUGAAGGCCUUCUGGGGCAGUCAGUAACCAGCCGCGUCGUGUUGCUUUGCAUUGGGGUAAAAUACACUUGUCGUUAUAAUCGUAAUCACUGUUCGUAGAAGAGACUGAGAAUGUGCUAGAGAUGAGAUGCUGGUUGUUAGUUGUGCUGGGUAAACAAGUAGUAGGUAGUAAAGAGUAUUCAGGAUCAUUCCGGUAGGUAUAUUCACUUGAUUUGGGCUGGCCCUUUGCUUGAGCCUGAUAGCAAUAGCGGAAGCAAUGCGAAAGCAUUUCU